AUGCAGCUUCUCUGCACAAAGGGGCAUUUUUUCCACAACUACAAAUGUGAUUCCCAGAACAAUUUGGCAGCAGUCAUUGGGGGACCUGAUGCUAAUGUCUGUCUCCAUAUGGCAACCAUCCUGAGGAACUACAAGAUUCCACAGCUCACAUAUAGCUCUGCUCCAGAAACUAACAACAAACCCCAAGUUGGUUUUGAACACUGGAUGUUUCCAAGUGCAUCCAAUGAAUAUGAGGGGAUUCUGCAGUUACUGCUGCAUUUCAGGUGGACAUGGGUUGGAGUACUUUAUGUCAGUGUUGAAAGUACAGAUAUAUUUGUACAGAACAUGCUUCCUGUGUUUGCCCAGAGAGGAAUCUGCUUGGACUUUGUAGAAAAAUUGCCCUCAAUGAGUUUUUCCAAUGAGAUUGAAAACAUGGUGCUGAAAGGGAUCAAAACAUUUAGGGUCAUCAUGGGAAGCACAGCCAAUGUGGUGGUCUUUCAUGGCGAGACUCAUACCAUGAUAAUUUUCAGAUAUCUGAUUCAGUAUUUACAAUUUUAUGACAUACCAGUGAACAACAAAGGUAGAGUCUGGAUUAUGACAGCAGAGAUGGCUUUCACAUCCCUUCCAUUCCAAAGAACGUGGGAUGUAAACAUCCUCCAUGGUGCUAUAUCCUUUGCUGUUCACUCAAGGGAAGUGUUGGGCUUGCAGAAAUUUCUUCAGAUGAGAAAUCCCACCUCAGAAAAAGACGAUGGCUUCAUCAAGAUCUUCUGGGAAAAAGCAUUUGAAUGUUUGUUCCCCAUAUCCAUGGUAAACAAGGAGACUGAGGAAAUCUGCACUGGGGAAGAGAAGCUGGGGACUCUUCCUGCAUCUAUUAUUGAAAUGAGCUUGACAGCCCACAGUGUCCACAAUGCUGUCUAUGCUGUGGCGCAUGCUUUGCAUGCUAUGUAUUCAUCCAAAUUUAAACAUAGAGCAACAGUGGAUGAAGGAAAAUGGAAGCUUCUUAAUCAACAUCCAUGGCAGAUCCUGCGCUUUCUGAGAAAUGUUGUGUUUAACAACACUGCUGGGGAACAAGUUUCCUUUGACCAAAAUGGGGUGUUAAUAGGUGGACUUGAUAUUGUCAAUUGGGUCACAUACCCCAACCAGUCCUUCCGCAGAGUAAAGGUGGGAAAGAUAGAUCCUAAUGCUCCCACAGACUUAGUGUUCACCAUUUCUGAGGAUACCAUCAUAUGGCCUAGCAGAUUUAACCAGAAAGUCAUUUCAUUAAUGUCUAAAAAUCCAUUCAAAGUUGAGAAUGGGCAGUGUUUGCUGAUAGAAGCACUUGUGUCUAUGGACAAUUGA